UGAUUUUUUACCUACACGCGAGAGAGACGCUCAUUCAGAGAAGACACAGUUAGCCUACAAGUCUCUGGUGGAUUUCAAAGGAAUUAUAAGUGCGGGACGGAUUUUAUUUUACAAUUGAAUCCUUUGUCGCCCUUAGCAGACUGGAAAAUAUGAAGUUUUUAACAGUUUUGCGACUUUUUCCUAUGCUCUCGCGGCUGUGUCAUUGGCGAAUGGUGCAUCUGUAUUGAGGUUAGAGAGCGAGAGUCCGGCACAUACAGCUAUGUUAGAUCUCCUAGAGGUACUAAAUGAGCCGAGGUCUUCUGUGGACAAUAAGCCAGUGGAAUAUCAGGAGGAAGACGACUAUUACUACGAUGAUGAAGAGGAUGACACGUUUUCUGGGGGUUAUGGUUUGCCUAUAGUUGCGUUUUCAAGCAAACCCAAAGAUCCAAGUGUCGCUUUGAAUGCAGAAAAACUUGAAGACUCAAAGAGGAAGGGGCAUGGAAGGAAGAGAGGAAAAGGAAAGGGAAAAGGCAAGAAGAGGAAUCCAUGCCUGAAAAAAUACAAGGACUUUUGUAUCCAUGGAAUCUGCCAGUAUCUGAAGGACCUAAAGGAACCUUCAUGCAUAUGUGAUUCAGGCUACUCAGGAGAGCGAUGUCACAUCUUCUCCUUGGAAGUAAGGACAAACGAGGGAGCGUACAACCGCACAACGGCGCUAGCUGUGGUGGCCAUAGUUCUCUCUUCACUAUGUCUCACCAUCAUUGGACUUCUACUGGCUCACAGGUUUCACAAGCGAGGCGCAUACAAUGUGGAAAAUGAGGAAAAGAUCAAACUGGGUGCUUCCCCACACCACUAAGAGACAGGACAGAACGGCAACUGUGUGGAAAGUCUACCUCAAAAUAAAGUGCCGAAGUUGAAUGUUGUGUGGUACACGAGCACAGCGUGCUGGACAAUUGUAUAGAGUGACAGUGCUUACUUGGCAGGGAGCAUGGCACCUAUGUGAAAGCCUGACUCGCCAAUGACUCGCUAAAAAGUUCACGAGAGUGUCCAGUCAGCUCGAAACCUGCCACGAACUGGAACUCUGAUGGACGUGCUUGGUCUGGAACAGACUCAAACUGUUCAGACAUUUUAGUUCAAUAUGGAACGAGAAGGAACUCCUCGGGGUUGGAAAUUUAGUUUGGGUUUUGGAAGCGAGGCAUUUUCUUGUAUAAUGUAUAGAAGAAAUCUUGCCCGAAAUAAGUAUUCUUAUAAGCAUUUUUGUUAAAGGAAUACUCCGGGUUCAAUACAUGUUAAGCUCAGUCGACAGCAUUUGUGGCAUAAUAUUGAUUACCACAAAAAGUUAUUUUGUCUCAUUCUACUAUUUCUUGGUUGCAAUGAGACACGUUCAAUGGAAGUGAAUUGGGCCAAUUUUUGAAGGGUAUCUUUUUAAAAGCACUCACAUUAUUUAUUCUGUUAAUACUUGUGUAUUAUUUGAGCUGUAACAUUGUUUAAAUAGUCCUUUUUGCAGCAGACUACUAAGUGAGAUUUGCAGGUAUACUGUGCUAUGUCAUCAGGGCAACAACGUUGUAAAAUUGGAUAUAACUUUGCAUAUUGUGUACAUCUUAUGGCUAUAUUUUUGAAACAGUGAGUAUUUUAAUGUUUACGAAUUGGCCCCAUUCCCUUCCAUUGUAAGUGCCUCACUGUAACCAAGAUUUGGGCUUUUUUGAAGAAAAGGAGAAACGAGUUGAAAUAAAUUUUUCAUAUUCUGUCGAUUGAGCUCAAUUUGUAUUUAACCCGGAAUAUUCCUUUAAUGUCUGUGUAUUUAAUUGUUUUUAGCUAUGCUUUAAUUUAUUUAUUUAUGUAUAUAUAUAUACAGUGUGUGUGUGUGUGUGUGUGUGUGUGUGUGUGUGUGUGUGUGUGUGUGUGUGUGUGUGAGCGUGUAUUUAUCACUUUGUGGGGACCAAAUGUCCCCAUAAGGAUAGUAAAACCCAACAUUUUUGACCUUAUGGAGACACUUUGUCGGUCCCCAUGAGGAAAACAGCUUAUAAAUCAUACUAAAUUAUGUUUUUUGAAAAUGUAAAAAUACAGAAUGUUUUCUGUGAGGGUUAGGUUUAGGGGUAGAGUUAGGUUUAGGGGAUAGAAUAUAAAGUUUGUACAGUAUAAAAACCAUUAUGUCUAUGGAAAGUCCCCAUAAAACAUGGAAACACAACAUGUGUGUGUGUGUGUGUGUGUGUGUGUGUGUGUUUAUAUAUAUAUAUAUAUACAUACACAUACACACACAGUACUGGGCAAAAGUCUUGGGCACAUAAGAUGUUUCACAAAAGCAUUUGUCUAAAGAUGGUUAUUUAUAUCUUCAGCUUUAGUGUGUCAAUAGGAAAUAUAAAUGUUAGACUCCCAAACAUUACUUUUGCAAAUAGAAAAGAUUAGAAUAGAAGAACAGAGAGCCCUGCAAGAGAUGGCAUUGCCCCCACAGAGCAUCGAGUCAGUCUGGGAUUACAUGAAGAGACAGAAGCAAGAUCUGUGGAGAAUACUCCAAGAAGUUUGGAACAUCCUAUCUGCCAACAACCAAGAAAAACUGUCCAGGUGUACGUAGGAGAAUUGGGUCUGUUUUUAAGGCAAAGGUGGUCACACCAAAUAUUGAUUUAGCUUUUUUAUGUUUACUGGACUUUGUAUUAAGUGAUAAAUGAAAACUAUUUAUGUCAUUAUUUUUGAAGACAUCCUCAACAUGAAACAUUUUUCACAAUUGCCUAAAACUUGCACAGUACUGUGUGUAUGUAUAUAUAAAUAUUUAUUUGGAUUUAGACCAACAUUGUUCAGCCCUAACGCACUGGCAAUCUAUAUGACAAUCUCCUUUGUGUUUUAUGUCAGUGUAAAAUUGUAUUUAUUAAAAAGCAGUUGUGAUAGGGAAGUGUAUUCAUGUGUAUUUAUGAGGAUGGAAAAUAGUAGAUGAAAAAUGGUUAUAAAUCAAAAUAAUAAUUGAAUCAUUUGCAAUUUUUUAUAUUUUUAGUGCAUUUAAUGAUGAGAAUAUUUUAGAAUAUUUGUAUUAUUUUAAUCUCCAGGACAGUGUUAGAAUGUAUUUCAGUGAACUUUUUAAAAAGUAAUAUUUCAAACUCUCUCUUUCUCUCUCUCUCUCUUUAGAGAGAAAGAAAAGAUGUUCAAUGUUUGGCCAGUAAAAUGCUAGCUCUGUUUUACAACAGUGUGCAAAUUAUGAAAUGUGAAUUAAAUGUCCUGUCACAAAGCUGUCUUUUUGUUUGAGCAAUUCAUUUUUUCUGUGUGUUUGUAUUGUAAAUUCAGCAUCCCAAAGAUAAAGACAUUGUUUCCUCAUUGUCUUAUACAGUAUGUGUGCAGUAUUUUUGACAUGCUCAAACAUGAAAAUCAAGGCAAAUAAAUACAACUUUAUGAUA